AGACGUAGCUGGUGGAAUUCUUCUUAUAUUAUCUACAGCACCUGGUUUCUAUGCUUCAACGGAUACGAGUCUUUCGUCAGAACCUAUUUCAAUACCUGUCAUUAGUACAGAGCAGAAAUGUUCUGCAGGAACAAUGAAGAAUGAUAUGGGAAUUCAUCCGUGCUCUCUUUGUUCUUCAGGCUCGAGAAGUUCAGCUGGUAGCACGAACUGUACAGCAUGUGCUUCAUCCGCAUUCUGUCCGCUUGGCGCUACUGAAGGUGAAUUCUGGAUUGGCGGUUUGGUCACAAUUGUUCUGAUUGUACUCGUCUCCCAAGCAUACGCCUUCAGUACAAAAUUCAUCGCACAGUAUCCAGCAGAAAGUGUCAGCGAUAGUCACUUUGCUUGUGACAUUACAAUACGAAAUGCUCUCUUCGAAACAACGCUACAAUCAGUUGCAGUUCCACAAUCUGAUGAAGAACAAAUAAUCUUCAAUCUACUUAAUGAACAACAGUGGAUAUUACACGUGAAUCUACUCAACACAGAAAUUGCUUGCUCAUCAAUCUCUGCCAUCCAGAUUAUUGGUAGUUCAUCUGUUCCACUCAAGUUAUAUCCCUGUUCCAACAAAAACUCUAUUGUGAAGACCUCUAUAGUUUUAUCAUCCGAUGCAGACACAAUACAAUGGAUAAUUGAUGAUUUUAAACCAAUUGGAGGUUUGGGACUGGGCUUGGCCGGUUCUGGAAAAGAAAGUGGCAGUUCAAUGCUCAAAGAUCUUGAAUUUAGUCAAGCAUUUUACAAUUCCAAUCGAACACUGGCUCAAGCAGCUGCUGUUUCUCUUCAGCUCACCAUGGUAAGCGAAAACAUAAAUUUUAUUGAGAAGUUUAUAGAUGUUGUUAAAAUCAAUUUUCCAAGAAGAUUUCGUAAUUAA